AUGGCUCUACGAAGUGAUCUACAAAGUGGAUAUUUUGAUCUUUUAUCUAAUUGGCCUAUAUCUGAUGCUGUCGAGAACGGAGAAAUUGAAGUUACAUAUGAUUCAAGUGCAUUGUUGAUGUGGAAAGGCCAAGAACGUAUUUUUAAUCAUGAUAUAUUAGUUAAAGGCAUUGAUCUUUCAAGCAACAAGUUAACUGGAAAAAUUCCACCAGAACUAGGAAUGUUGGUUGAAUUGAUUUCAUUGAACUUAUCGAGGAAUCAAUUAAACGGAGAAAUUCCUUUGGAAAUUGGAAGAUUAGCAUCAUUAGAUUCUCUUGAUUUGUCCAAAAACCAUCUGUUUGGUCCAAUUCCUUCUAGUUUUGCUCAAAUUCAUCGUCUUGCAGUGUUAGAUUUGUCAUAUAACAACCUUUUUGGAAAAAUUCCAAUUGGAACACAACUGCAAAGUUUUGAUAGCUCAAGCUAUAAAGGAAAUCUUGGCCUAUGUGGAGAGCCACUCGACAUAAAGUGUCCUGGAGAGGGAAAACCUCAAGAAUCAGUUAAGUUCCAAGAAAAUAUCGAUACAAUUCUUUCCAGGGAGUUUUAUUGGAGCAUGACAUUUGGAUUCAUUAUUGGAUUUUGGGGAAUUUUCGGGCCAGUUCUUUUUAAUCGCUCUUGGAGACACGCAUACUUCAAAUUCCUCAACAAUGCGACUGAUGGCAUUUAUGUCAUAGUUGUACUAAAUGUGACAAAGUGCAAUAGGCGAUUUAGAGGCUAUUUGGAGAAACUCAGGUGA